AUGUGGCUGUUUACACAUAAAUUUAAAGCAGAUGGGACGCUCUCUCGGUACAAAGCUCGACUAGUCGCUAAUGGCAAAUCUCAACAAGUCGGUGUCGACUGUGACGAAACUUUCAGCCCCGUUGUUAAACCAACCACGAUUCGCACCGUCUUGCACCGAGCAAUAUCUCGAGACUGGCCCAUACAUCAGCUUGACGUCAAAAACGCUUUCCUCUAUGGUAACCUUGAAGAAACGGUUUAUAUGCAUCAACCACCAGGAUUCACAGACCCGACAAAGCCUGAUCACGUGUGUCUUCUGAAAAAAUCUUUCUAUGGCCUUAAACAAGCCCCUCGUGCUUGGUAUCAACGCUUCUCUCAAUCUGCGUCUAAGAUCGGAUUCAAAAACAGCAAGAGUGAUGCCUCACUCUUUAUUCUUCGUCAAGGGUCUGACAUUGCUUACCUUCUGCUAUAUGUCGAUGACAUUGUGCUCACCGCUUCCUCCAAUGCACUUCUCAGAAACAAAAAUGGGAUGACUUUGAGCCAACACAACUACGCAGCAGACAUACUUCAUCGAGCUAACAUGUCCAAUUGCAAACCAUGCUCCACCCCUGUCGAUACUUCCGCAAAGCUCCAUGCAGACGCAUGA